CUCCCUUGUCAGGACUCUGAGAUCGGGCCUCGAGGUCGCCCUUACACAACUGGCGAAAACUGGUUGAGACCGCCCUUUUUCAGUGGUCCAGAUGGCCUGGCUACCCGAUUUGGGAAGGGUGGUUGUAGCCAAAAAGCGGUUGGUCUGAGACCACGAAGUGGUCUUGGACCCUCUUAAGGCUAAAAAACGACCACUUUUGGUACCCUAUUAGGCUCAAAAACCAUCUGACUAUAGUGACAGUCGUCUACACGAAGCACUGGCCGCCAUCGUUCUCCAGCAUCGCUUGAGAGGAUGCG